AUGGUAAAAAGCUUAGCAUCAUCACCUAAACAUUGCUGUAUCCACAAGGUUUCAGAUCACAUUCGCAAAUCGAACGAAGAAGCUUAUACUCCUCAGGUGAUAUCAAUAGGGCCUUUUCAUCGUAAUAAGAACCGAAAAUUGCAAAAGAUGGAAGACUUUAAAUUGAGAUAUCUCAAGAGUUUCAUAGACCGAGCUGAAACAAAGUUGGAAGAUAUAGUGAGCACUAUUAAAGGUGCGGAAGAAAGUGUUCGGGAAUGUUAUUCGGAGACUAUACCACUUGUAAGUGAUGAUUUUGUGAAAAUGAUCCUGCUUGAUGCCAGCUUCAUUAUCGAGUAUUUCUGGAAAAACAAGACGAAAGGGAACUGGACCGAGUAUGACCUGGAAAUAUUAAACCCUUGGUUGUGCAAUAGGAUGCACAUGGACUUGAUAUUACUUGAAAAUCAGCUUCCUUUCUUUAUUAUUGAGAAAAUAUAUGACACUGCAUUUCCAUCUAGCUCAGAAGGCCACCCCUUCAUUGAGCUUAGCUUUUGCCAGUUUGAAUAUUACAACUAUCAAAAAUUUGAUCAUGAAAAAUUUGUUCAUCAUGAUCCUGAUCGUGAUUCUGGGUCGUCGGGAAUAUUUAUAUUGCACUUCACUGACUUGGUUAGAAACUUUUGCAUGCCUCCUUACGAAAGCUGGCGACCGAAAAGAAGUGCAAAAAGUUUGAAGGAAAUGUACAGUGCAGCUCAGCUGAAUGAGGUAGGAUUGAAGUUUAAGAAGAGAGAGUCAAUCAAUAAUAAUUUGUCAACUCUUGAACUAAAAUAUGCAGACGGAGUGCUGGAAAUCCCACCCUUUCAGUUAGACAGUAGCACGGAGAUUUAUGCUCGGAACCUCGUCGCCUUUGAGGAAUGUCACUAUCGUUCAGAUCCAUAUAUUACUGAUUACUAUAUCAUGUUAAGUAUGCUUAUCAAAACAGUCAAAGAUAUGGAUGUACUUGUACGAGAGCAGAUCAUUGAUAAUUGGCUGGAUGGCGUCGUGGCAACUUCAAUGAUCAACAAGCUGUACAUGUCCGGUGAAAAAAGUUUAUAUAUUGAAAUGAACUCUCAUUAUCAACAAAUGGCUGAAGAGUUGAACGAAUUCUAUAAAGCCCGCGUGACUUAUCUUCAGAUUAUGAUGGCUAUCGUGAAACGUGAUUAUUUUUGCAACCCUUGGAGGGGUGCUGCCACCAUAGGCGGCAUUCUCUUGUUGCUGCUCACUGUCAUACAAACUGUAUGUGCUCUCAUCUCGGUGAAGAAUUAG